AUGUCGCGCUUUAUCAACACAAUUCCAACAGCAGCAUAUCCAUUAAGCUUGGGACUGCUUGUCACGUCUUCACUCCUAUUCGGAAAUGUUGGGCUCUCACUCUGUGGGCCCCUACCAAUAAUCAAGGAUGAGAUUGGUAGCAGCCAACUGACUACCAGAUCUCGUGUGCGCGUGUGGAAGCUCUUCUUCGACAGGUACUAUGUCAUCCGCGGAACCGCAAUCACCAUCGGGCUUCACCUAUCCGCCGUUGGACUUACUGCCUUGCCUCUGGUUCGAAGUCUCUCUCUCACUUCUGCCGCAUGCAGCGCUAGCGCAAUUGUGUACACUGGGUUUAUGAUACAGCCAACAAAUAAGUCACUUGGUGCGUUGAAUCAGAAAGAGGAACUGUCAGAAACCGAGGACAAAGAGGCCCUGAGAUUAAUCGGAAACUGGGAUUGGUUGCACAAAUGGCGCAUGGUUAUAUACGCUGGAGCGUGGACAUCCGGUGUUACGGCAUUGAUCGCGACGUUUGCGUGA